AUGCCGGUGACACACACACCAGCCCUCUGCCCUCCCCUGCUACACAACACUGCGGGAACAGAGCCCAGGAGCAGCACAGCACAAUGUCCAAUCUCUCCUGUUUGCUAAGGGUUUCCUGUUUCCAGACCUGAUGUGAUCUCCCAGCUGGAAGAAGGGGCAGAGCCGUGGGUCGCAGACCUGCAGGGUUCAGAGGAAAGAGAGACGCUGAGACGUCCCUGCACAGCAGGUGCGAUGGUGAGUGAGAACGAGGAGCAGAAGUCUCAGCAGGAAGACGCUGAGCAAGUGGAAUCAGAUGGAGCGUUAUCGCAAAGGUCGACAGGGGAUGUGUCCAGGAGUCACGAGCAGGGACAAUCCUGCGAGAUUCAGCACAGAGCAGAGAGAGAGGAGGGGAACCAGCCAGGGGAGAAAUCGGGUACAUUGAUUUACUGUCAGGGAACACACCAGGACGUCAAGGAAACCACAGCUCAGCAAAACAUCCUCGGGAGAACGAAAAAAAAUACAUGCAAUGAGUGUGGGAAAAGCUUUAGUCGCUGCUCAACCCUUACUAAACACCAGAGAACACACAGAGCAGAGAGACCCUUUGAAUGCUGCGAGUGCGGGAAAACCUUCAUUUGGCACUCGCACCUCAUUUUGCAUCAGAGAGUCCACACGGGUGUGAAACGCUAUGAGUAUCGCAAGGGCGGGAAGACCUGCACUCCGAACUCAAACCUGACUGCACAUCACAGAUCCCACACGGGUGAGAAACCUUAUGAGUGUGGCGAGUGUGGGAAAACCUUCACGCAGAGCUCAGACCUCACUACGCACCAGAGAAUCCACACGGGGGAGAGGCCCUAUGAAUGCCGUGAGUGUAAGAAAAGCUUCAUUCGACGGUCACACCUGAUUACGCAUAAGAGAAUCCACACAGGGGAGAGGCCCUACGAAUGCUGCGAGUGCGGGAAAAGCUUCACGGCCAGCUCAAACCUCAUUCAGCAUCAGAGAAUCCACACCGGGGAGAGGCCCUACGAAUGCUCUGAGUGCGGGAAAAGCUUCACUCAGAGCUCAGAUCUUACUAUGCAUCAGAGAAUCCAUACAGGGGAGAGACCCUAUGAGUGCUGUGAGUGCGGGAAAAGCUUCAUUCGACGGUCACACCUGAUUACGCAUCAGAGAAUCCACACGGGGGAGAAACCGUAUGAAUGCUGCGAGUGCGGGAAAACCUUCACUGCCAGCUCAAACCUCAUUCAGCAUCAGAGAAUCCACACCGGGGAGAGGCCCUACCAAUGUUGCGAGUGCGGGAAAAGCUUCGCUCAGAGCUCAGAACUUGCUACGCAUCAGAGAAUGCACAAGGGCGAGAGACCCUAUGAAUGCAGUGAGUGUGGGACAAAUUUCACUGAUCGCUCUGCCUUCCUCAGUCAUCAGCGAAUCCACACCGGAGAGAGACCCUACGUCUGCUUUGAGUGCGGGAAAACCUUCACGCGCAGCUCAAACCUCAUUACCCAUCAGAGAAUUCACACGGGGGAGAAACCCUACGAAUGCGGCGAGUGCGGGAAACGAUUCACACACAGCUCAAACCUUAUAACGCACCAGAGAAUCCACAGGGCAGAAAGGCUCUAUCAAUGUGAGUGCGGGAAAAGCUUCCCAGAGAGCUCGGCCCUUCUUAAACAUCGGCGAAUCCACGCAGGAGACAAAGCCUACGAAUGCUGCGAGUGCGGGAAAACCUUCACGCAGAGCGCCACCUUUAUCUCUCAUCAGAGAAUCUGCAAGGGAGAGAAAUGCCAGAAAAACCGUUAGGGCUACCGAAAAAAAUUUUUUUCUUGUGCUGAUUCCCAGGCAGCAACCUUUAAGGCUGUUAUCCCUCAGCUUGUCCAGAUGAGUUGUCCAUUUUUGCCGUUUGCCCCGUUUUGAGGUGGUCCCAAUUGUCCUUUCUAUCAACUCCAUUGUCCCAUGAGUAAUGGGAGUGCGUCCCUCCUUCCAGGAACCAGGAAGCGUCGCAUUUAUACCGUUCCUCUUAUUGCAAAGGUCCUGUUAGUCACCAAUGAGACAGGUUGCUCUGGGUUGUGCUGUGAAAUACAAUGAAAAGCAGGCCGUGCAGGGGGGAGAGUGUCAUUUCAUGCUCAGCGACACUGGAAGGAGAUGGGGUGACUCAGAGAGUCCCUCCUUCCCCAUCCCUGCAGAACUGUUACCUCCUCUCUGAGCCAUGCAGAGUUUAUCUUCUUCACGUUCUGUCCCUGCACCUCUCAGAGUGUCAUGUGGUGCAGUGUUCUCAGCUGUCUGUGCUUGGAAAUGAUGCUUUGACUUGUUUAAUCCUAUGUCAGAGUCGCUGUGACUGGAGAUGAAGGUGUCAAAGACCUGGAAGGGGAAUUCAGAUGGAUCCCAAAAUCAUCUGCAGUUUAAAUCCCAGGUUCCAUCUAUCAGUAAAGCCACUGCUGACAAGGGGGCUGUUCCCCCCACCCCCCACUGUGAGGAGGCUAAAACUUUUGUAUAUAAUGUAACUCAAAAAAUGAGACCGUAGUUAGUGAAGCAGAUUGGAAUGGAUCAGAGGAGAAUGUCAUGGGAGAAUCUUGUCUGGAGUCUGAGUGAUCAGAUGUGACCUGCUCUGGAUUUUCCCUUGACACUUUUAUUCUCAUGUAUUCUCUCCCUCUGUGACGUGGGUUUCUAUCUUUCCCGAAGAAUGUUGGUCACCCGAGUGGAUAUUAGUUUAGUUGGACAGGCUGGAGCUCAGAUUUAUUGGAGGCUUCGAGACACAUGACCAUUUGCUAAAGUCAUUACUUCUCACUCUAGUGCUGCUUUUCCCCAUCCCUCCACGAUGACGUGGAGAAAUUUCAAGUGCCGUUCACUCAACAGGAGAGAAGUCUCCAAUUUCCUGGCCAUGCUAACAAAGAAACUCUGCUGAUUUCAAAUCUCCACUCAGAAAUCAGGCUCUACAGAAGGUCUCUCCUAGCUAAUCCUAUGCUAUGGGAAAUGCUGCCCUUCACGACACAGUGUGUGGAAGGAAUAGAAGUGGGUUUUUUUGUUGAAUUUAUCCUUUGUAGGAGCCACAAAUGUGUGUAAAAUGAAACCAGUGAUAAAAAUGUAAUAGCUGCAGAAAAAUAGCCGUUUUUUAAUAGAAACGUCGCUUCUGGUAAUUUACAGAGAUUCUGAUCCAGGCCCGUAUCUAGUUCCUAGCCUAGACCCGUGCCACCAAAUUAAAGAAGCGCUGGGUAUGUUUGGGGAAGCCGUUCCGCACUAGCACGGCUGAGAUUUUUGAGUGGUUUGGUAAAGGGUUCUACUUCAGAGACAUGUACAUUGACCAUGACCCAGGCCAAUGAUUUAGAAAGAAGGAGGGUGGAAAUAGUACAUACCCAGUUCUUGGCUUUCACCCAGUAAGGGAAGCUGUGGUGACCAACAGCCCAAGGAAAAUUGUUCGUAGAACACCGCACCCUAGUUCAGUGUCACUGGCUAUGGCCCCAAAGGAUCCCACGGUUAGGUUGAGCACAAGCAUCCUUCGCUCUUUGGCUCCAAAGUUUCCUAAGGCAGAGAGAGAGAGAGAGUUCUUCAGAGGACAUUCCUUCCCCGUGGAGCCCAGACUGGCUGCCUGAGCGGGUGACAAGGCCUUUCAUGCAGUGGAAAUAACAGUAACCAGCGAGGGUAUGAAUGUGUCGGGUUCCAGUGUCAGAGGGCAGGCUACACGCACGUUGAGUCCCGAUUCUCUGGUUUUCUUUCUCAGGGCUUGUCCACUGCAGUUAAAAUGCUGCGUCUGUAAGGAAGAACCUCUAAAAUGAUCGCGCUGCCGUCUGCUCAGUGACUCCACCCCCAAGCAGUGGUAGCUGUGUCAGCAAGAGACGCUUUCCUGCCCACACGGUGCUGCCUGUGUGGGGCAUUAGGUCAGUAUAACCCCAGUGGCUCAGGGCGUGGAUUUUUCACACACCUAAGCAAUGCAGUUAUACCGAUACGGGGCUGUAGAGUAGAGCAGAUUUUGGUUUGGUUCCUGUGUUUUGUGCAUUCGCAUCCCUUCUCCACUACGUCCUCCUACUUUGAAAGAUUAAAAAGUGUGAAAAUACAGCAAAGGGGGUUUUUCUCAUGGUGCAAACGUUCCCAGAGAGGAGACCCCUUCCAGCAAUGCACGUGGCAGAAGUUCUGGAGAUAUGUGAACUCACGUAAGUGGGAGGCACCUGUGUUUUGACAGACCACAACUUGACUCAAAGCUUCACUAAGUGACAGUGAUGAUUAAAAGAAAACGAACACGUA